AUGUCGGUGAGCGCGACAAUGGGGGUGAUGAAACCCCUGCUCGGCAAGCUUGCCGCUCUGGCCGGCGAGGAGUACAAGAAGCUCAAAGGAGUGAAGAACCAGGCGUGCUUCCUCGAGAAGGAGCUCAGCGCUAUGAACGCCGCCCUUGAGACGAUGGAGCUUAUGGACGAGCUCGACGCGGUGGCCAAGGACUGGAGAGACCAGGUCAGGGAGAUGUCUUACGACAUUGAAAACUGCAUCGACGACUUCGAGCGCCAGUUCAGAGCUGGUCAUGCCAAGCUAGGCUUCAUCAAGAAGACUGCUCGACGUCUCAAAAUGUUGGGACAGUAUCAUCGGAUUGCUGACCGGAUGGAAAAGCUCAAGGUUCUUGCACUAGAGGCUAAUGAUCGACGCAUCAGGUACAAUAUCGACGAACGCAAGCCUAAUUACAAUGAUAUUGAUCCUCGAUUGUCGGCGAUAUACGUGGAGACAUCUGGCCUUGUGGGUACUGAUGGCCCUAGGGAGGAUAUUGUCAGUUUGUUGACAGAUACCGAAGAGAAGCUUAAGGUGGUAUCCAUUGUGGGAUUUGGAGGACUGGGUAAAACUACACUUGCCAAACAGGUGUACAAUGAGAUCCAAUGGCAGUUCGAUUGUACAACAAUUGUUACCGUAUCUCAAAGGCAUAAUAUGAUAAAGCUUCUCCAUCGUAUACAACUAAAACUUCGGAUGGAUGUGUCUUCUCAGGGCUGUGAGGUGGAAGACAUAAUUGACGACCUUAGAAAAUAUCUCACAAACAAGAGAUCUUCCUUCGAAGCGGAUGAGAGAAAGCGAAAGGCUAGCUGCAAACAUGUUUGA